AUUAGUAUAAAGGAAUGCAGCUGAUUUCUGUAUGUUGAUUUUGUAUCCUGCAACUUUACUGAAAUCAUUGAUUGGAUUCAACAGCUUUUUUCACUGACUCUUUUGGAUUUUCUAUAUAUAAAAUUAUAUCUUCAGGCGCACUUGCUGAUCCAGUGGCUACCAGGCGUGGAACCAGGCACCCAUGGCGAUGGGAAAUCCAGUUAUCAAAAUUGGCUCCAGAAAAGAGAACCUAAUAUCCAUUAACAAUGGAAAAAUUUGAGAACAUUACCAAAAAGCCACCCUUCCUCAAAACACCAGGCCCAGAUGGUGUUACAAGUUUUAAAAAUCCUGCAUGAAGAAGAUAGAUCUUAAGCCACAUGAUGGAUUCAGAAGCUUGUAACAAGAGGUCGCCAAUCAUAACAUCUUCAAACCAAGACAUAUCACCUCAUAUUACAGAUGUUGGUGGAAUAAAACAUUAUUUGUGUGGCUGCGGUGCAGCUUUCAGCACUGUAGCGAUCACAUUUCCCAUUCAGAAGGUGCUCUUUCGGCAACAGCUGUAUGGAAUCAAAAUCAAGGAUGCGGUGCUUCAGUUGAGGAGGGAUGGAUUUCAAAACUUGUAUCGUGGAAGUCUUCCCCCAUUGAUGCAGAAGACAACCUCACUGGCACUUAUGUUUGGUCUGUACGGGGAUUUAUCUUACUUUCUCCGUAAGCAUAUCCAUUCCCCAGAUGUUGCAACCCGUAGCAUGGCAGCAUUACUUGCAGGGGCAACAGAAGCAGUUUUCACUCCAUUGGAAAGAGUUCAGACACUGCUUCAAGACCACAAGCAUCAUGAUAAAUUUACAAACACUUACCAGGCUUUCAAGGCACUGAAAUGCCAUGGAAUUGGAGAGUAUUAUCGAGGCCUCAUACCUGUUCUUUUCCGUAAUGGGUUCAGCAAUGUCCUGUUUUUUGGCCUCCGGGGUCCCAUUAAGGAGCACCUGCCUACUGCAACAACGUACAGCACGCAUUUGGUCAAUGAUUUCAUCUGUGGAGGUCUCUUGGGUGCCAUGUUGGGAAUCUUAUCUUUUCCCAUUAAUGUUGUAAAAGCUCGCAUGCAGUCUCAGAUUGGUGGGGAAUUUCAGUCUUUUCCCAAGGUUUUCAAAAUAAUCUGGUUAGAACGAGACAGGAAACUGACAAAUCUUUUCAGAGGUGCCCAUCUAAAUUACCACCGGUCCCUCAUCUCUUGGGGCAUAAUCAAUGCAACUUAUGAAUUCCUGUUAAAGGUUAUAUGAAAGAAACAAUCAACUAAGUUCCGCUUACCAAUUGACUAGAUCUUCAAAGAAGAAUGUAGUUUGGCCUCAUUCCCAAUUGGCCAAAUACAAAUUGGUGUAAAUUCAGGCCACAAUGAAUUAUGGCAAAGCUGUUUCCCUUAAGCACCAACAAAUUCAGAAUAAAAGGUUUUAAUAGGAAAAUUUAAGGGUUUGGGGUUUUUUUGUUUGUUUUUUAAAAUAUGUUUCUAUUGAUUUUAGAGAGAGGACGGGAGAGAGAAACCUCAACGAUGAGUGAGAAUCAUCAAUUGGCUGCCUCCCGAAUAUCCACUAUAGGGAUCAAGCCCGGUGCCCGGUACCCAAGCAUGUGCUGUGACUGGGGAUCGAAUGGCAAUCUCCUGGUUCCAGGGUCGAUGCUCAACCACUGAACCACACCGGCCAGGCUAAUUUAUUUAGUUUUGUGCUCAUUGUUACCUGAGAACUUUGGGCUAAUUGCUUGGUUAAUAGCUGUCUAUCUCAUGGAUGGCUUUUGAUGAGGAAACUAAUAGCCAAGAUGGUCUUUUUUCCCCAAAGUCUUUAAAUCUUCUGUAUUAAAACAUAAGUGGCCAUGACCAGCCAGAGAAAAGGCUCCUAGGGCCCUUUGAAUUCGGCAGGCUUACUUUUAUUACUCCAUUUCUUGCUUCUCUCCUCUUAGGAGGAGUUGCAAAGUGUAGUCUUUGCUAAACUGAAGCAUAUACACAAGGAGCAGGACUGAGAAGAAAGCUUAAUGGGCGGAGGCUUUUCAUGAUAAAUUGCUUGUAUUAGUUUUGAAAUGAAGCACCUGUUGGGAUAGUCAUUAUCCACACUGCUUCUAUUUAGGCAUGGUAGACUCCAGCAGCUAAUGAGAGCUCCCAUUUGCUUUCUAGAUUUGAAAGUUUUCUGUUUAAUUCUGAAUGUGACCUUAAACCUGUCCAAAAUAUCCUUGUGUUAAUUUCACUUAUUUCAUUGCCAAAAGGCGGGGAGACUUAAAUUUUGUCAUAGGCAUUUUAUCUUAUUAAGUUUCAUGUUAAUUAUGUAAAGAUCAAACUCUCUUUAGCUCAAUUUCUUUGAAUUAUUGUUGCCAACUUAGCAAAAAGCUUUGGGGGGUUUGUCCCCUUUGGGUACUAGUUUAUCUUACUCAAGUAUUCUGUUCUUUUGAAACUCCUUUUAAAAAAAUACUUCCAUAAAAUUUUAUUUUUAAAGUCUGUUUAAUAGGAUUCCAGAUUUUUAUUUCUUUCUGGUUUCUCAGUGUUUGGAGGAGAGGGGAAACUCAGGAAAGCUUUCACCCCACAGUGUUAGCUAUCUUUUUUAUUUAUUUAUUGGUUUAGUUUUGGAAAUAGAGACUUCUAUUAGGAUUUUUACGUUUGGGGAACCCGAUUUUACCAUUUUAUCAUUAAAAAAGUUUGAGAGGAUAAGAUCUAA